UUGAAAGAUACAACAAAAUGGCGAUGUCGGUGGGGAUGAAAGGAGAAAAUUUGAAAGAAGAUAUUGAUGAUCUGCUAAUUUGUACAAUCUGUUUGGAGACAUUCAAAGAACCUAAGUAUCUGCCGUGUCUGCAUACGUUUUGUAAGUCGUGUAUUAAUACAUAUAUUGGUUCAACCGUGAAAGGAAACAAUCCGAAUGGAUUCAAAUGUCCCAUAUGUCGUCGAUCUGUGCCAAUAGGUGAAAAUGAUGAGAAGCCUGACACUUGGGCAAAUAAUUUACCUGGGAACCAUUUUAUCGCAUCACUUAUAGAUAAAAGGGAAUUACAGAAACCCGAUAAGCUAUGUGAUACUUGUUACCAGGACAAACAAAAAGCUCUUUCUUUCUGUACUGUUUGUGAAGAGGCAUACUGUGAAUCGUGCAGAAAGGGCCACACAAUUUAUAAAAUAACAAAAAGUCAUGAAUUAGUACCCAUUAAAGAUAUUAAUGCAGACACUUCCGUUUCCGGUCUUUAUGCUCAUGUUGCUUGUAAAGAACAUCCCUACAAGACGUUAGAAGUUUAUUGUCAGGAUCAUUCAAAACCUUGUUGUACAGUUUGUGCCACUGUCCACCACAGAAAAUGUGAACAGGUUGUCACUAUUGAUAAAGCGGUGACUGGGAUAAAAGCAUCCGAAAAAGCACAAAACCUUAUGAAAAAGUUAACAGAAACGAGUACCACAUUAGGGAAAGUUCUUCAAAACCAAAAAACUAAUAAAGAAAACUUUGAAAACGGAAUAGAAAUAGUUCUACACGAAAUCAUAAAUUUGAGAGAAAAAGUUUGUAAACAUUUAAAAGAACUGGAGGAAAAACUGAAGGAGGAGGCCAACAGUAGCAGGAAAGAAAAAGUAAUUAAGCUUGAUGACAAAACAGCAGAUUUAUCCAGCCUAAAGAAGAUAGUUGAUAACUGGAAGAAUAUAUUCGAAGCUUGUAUUUCUCAAGGAUCAGAAAUACAAUGUCUGGUCAAGAUGGACGAGAUUUUAAACAACCUUCCUCAAACUGUAACUGACAUUUCUAAACUUCUACGUAAAAUAAGGACUAUAUCCGUAAAGUUUGAACAUACAGAUAUCAUUUCAGACAUUAGUUCUCUCGGCAGUUUGAUUUUUAAUGAGCGCCUGCCUUCUAUUCCCGGAAUGAAGAUAGCAAAUUACCAUACCGGGAAAAUCAGAAUAGUGUUCACAAUUAAUGUGACAACACCUGCUGAUAGUGGGAUAUAUUUUAAUAAUGAUAUUAUUUUGACCCAUAAAAGUCAAAAUAAGAUCGUGUACUAUAACUUCAAAGGGCAACAACAAGAACAGUUAAAUAUUCCUCACCUUUUAACAGACAUAAGCAAAGUGAACGAUCAAACAGUCGCUGUAUCGUCCACUGAAAUGAAAAUAUUGGUUCUUAAAGUUAAACCUCUAACUAUCUUAAAGACUUUGAAUAUCAGCAAUCCUGUUUGGGGUAUUUCGUUCUGUGAAAACGAAUUUGUGACUGCUUAUAGUUAUAAAAUAUCUUGGUUAAAUGCUGAAAAUGGUACAGUAGUUAGAAGUCAACCAACAACAGUAGACACAAGAUAUGUUUAUUGUUAUCAGAAAAAUGAGUAUAUUUACUGGGAUAGCGGACAUUCUAUUAAAAGAGAGAGCAAUGAUGGAAAAGGAUUUACGUACAACCAUAGUCUGUUGCAACGCCCCUUCUCCCAGGACGUAGAUAGCGACGGAAACAUUUAUACAACCGGAUAUGAUUCCAGAAACAUUCAUCAGUUGACAUCUACUGGAAAACUCGUACGAAUCAUUCCCAUAUCAGAUAUAGAUAAUACCAUCACAGCUCCGCCGUGGGUAAUAAGGUUCCAGUCAAAUAGUAAUAGAUUUCUACUAACAUUUGAUAGUGGUGCUACUAAAGUCCUUGUGUGUGAAAUUGAUUAGAUUCAUUUAGAAGUGGAACUAUUAAAAACUGACAUGCGAAGGGGACAAAGGUUGUCUGCAGGGAGAAUGAGCCCAUAUCUUGUGAAAAUUUCGAAUGAAUGACAUAUGAUAUAGUCAGUACUUAACCUUCCCGAAAAUUGAUUUAGUUUGUUAUAUUGAACUCUCUUUAUCUAGUGAAGAGAACGUGUCAAGGAUAAAACAAUAUAGUAAUUGAUAGUUGUAUUUUGUGUUGAUUCUUAGUAUCUUAAUUAUAAGUUUAUUUGAAAUGUAUUAAGAUUAAAAACAAU